CGAAUUGAAGUUGAGGGUGGGGUCCAAUCCUGUGUAUGAAAGAGCACGCUAGUUUGUUUAGAGUCCUCCCCCUGCAACACGUUCCUUCCAAACGACGACAGGAAAAACAACUUUCGUCGUUCUGCUAUCUAGGGCUCUAUUCCGAUUCCGACUCCGAACCCCCUCAAUACUUCUCUGAACUAAUUAGGUCGUCUUCACUCGCGCUUUUUCUCUGCAUUGUAUCGAUUUCCAUGGAGGAGUCUUCCUACACCGGUCUUCCCACUAGCCACUUGCUCGGUUCAGUUCCUGCUGUCAUUACUGAAGAAAAUAAUACCACGAAACAUGUGGCCACUGAUGCGAGUAUGCAAAUAUUCCCUCCAAACAAUGGAGUAGACCGAGGAACUGGAUAUCAAACUGUUGGCGGCCGUACUGAAGCUUUUGAACAACAGCCAGCAAACAACUGGAGGGGAGUCUUUAGCAUCUCAUCGUAUUCACAGUAUUUUGAUGUAGACACGGAUAUCGUCGUAAUCAGAUUGAUAAGUUCUCUGAAUCCAGUUGCGGGAGACUUCUUCAGCAAGAUAGAUGCUAACCCUGAUUUAUAUGGGCUUAUAUGGAUCUCAACAACACUGGUGUUUGUGCUUGCCGCACUUGGAAAUCUAGCUACGUACCUUAUGCAAAAGCAUGCUGAUAACAGUACGUCGUGGAGCUUUGAUGUCAGCUAUAUGAACGUGGCUGCAUGCUCAAUCUAUGGUUAUGCAAUUGUGGUCCCAUUGGCAUACUACUUCUUCCUUCAGUAUAUGGGUUCAAAUGCCAGCCUUAUAAGAUUUUGGUGCAUGUGGGGGUAUUCUCUCACCAUUUUCAUCAUGUCUUCGUUCCUGUUGUUAAUUCCUGUUGAGUUUCUUCGUUGGGUUAUAAUACUCCUUACGGGUGUUGCCUCAGCAAGCUUUGUUGCUCUAAACCUGAGGUCUUACAUAGAAGGCAAUGAGCUUUCAGUUGCGAUUAUUGCAGCAUUUUUGUUGCAAAUAGCUUUGGCAAUCUUCAUCAAGGUUUGGUUCUUUCCGUAGCUAAAAUGCUCUGCAGCAGUGGAGAUCAAACACUGCCAUUAUGAACUGCAUUAGCUAACUUUGUUCAAGACGAGAGUGGAAUUUUCUGAAGCAGAAUUGGUUUGUGUAUUUUGGAUUUACUAGAAUGGAAUGUUAAAGAAUUGCAGAGGAAUUAGUGCGAAUUUCAGUAUCAGCACGGUCAGAGUUUCUGUAUCGUUUUGGCUUAAUGUGGAAGACUCAAUACCCGGGAAGGGGAUGAUGAACGAUCAUGAUUUGUAGUAUCUGUGUAUCUUUGAGCUUUUUGCAUGUUUCUGUAAAUAUACUGGGACAAGUAAAUCCUCUUUUAAUUGAUUUUUUUAAGUAACUGUUUAAUGUGGAGCCUAGGCAAUUUCUUGUAUGGAAUCAAAAUUUUGUCAUGCCAUCAUCCUUUUGAAAGUGACAAUGUAUCUCGGAUCA